AUGACUGCAAAGUAUUUGGAUUCAUAUGAAGCAGAUAGGAUUUUUACUAUGGAAAACUUGAUCAAUGGAUCUCCAAUUUGGAAAUUUAUUUGGGAAAGCAAAAAUAUCAUAACAGAGCAUUUAACUUGGAAAAUUGGCAAUGGUGGAAAGGCAAAAUUUUGGAGAGAUUCUUGGAAUGGAGACAUUUCCUUAGCUGAGGAAAUGGAUGAUCCGGUUUGGAUUAAUAAAGUGGAAGCACUGGUUGGUCCUUUUGUGGAUGAUUACAUUUUGAAAGGGCAGAAGGAGGCUGAGUGGAUUGAGUGGAAAAUUAUGGGAGAAUGGAAAAUGGAAAACUGUAUUAAAUUGAAGGAUAUCUUGAGCAGAAAGAAAAAAAUUAUCUACCAAAAAGAAGUAGAUUGUUUAUUAUGUCGUGCAUCCAAAUUUGGAAAAUAUAAGGUUAACUUGGGAUAUGAGAUUCUUAGAAGCAGAGCACAGAAUGUGGAUUGGACUUCAGCAUUGUGUUGGCACAAAAUGGUACUGCCCAAGGCAAGGGUAUUCCUUUGGACAUCAUUGCAUGGUCGUAUACUAAUAGGGGAAAGGUUGAAACUAAUUGGAAUUGCAAGUCCAAGUGUAUGUAUACUAUGUAAGGAGAAUGAAGAGACUACAGAUCAUCUCUUAUUCUGGUGUUCAUACACUAAAAGAGUUUGGGAUUGGCUAUUGGAUAAAUUGCAGUAUGGUUCGGUGAGAAGUCAAUCACUAAAAGGUUUUUUAUUGGCAUGGCCUACCUGCUAUAAGAAAUCAAAAUGGAGCACUUUGUGGGUGGUUAGUCCAGCCAUGCUUGCAUGGCAUAUUUGGAAGGAGAGAAAUCAAAGGGUGUUAAAUGAGGAAGCUCUAUCUUUUGAGAUCCUAAUCCCAAAAAUCAAAGUAGCCAUUGAAGAAGUUAUAAACGUCAAAGUAGUGGGAAGGAAGUAUUGCACUUAUUCUUCCUGGGACAAAGAAAUGGAAAGGAUGUGGAAUUUGACGAAGAACAGUGGUUACAAGUUUGUCGACAAGAAGUAG